CCUUUAAUCCACUUUGCCUUCUGUUUAACGCAAGUGGACAGACAGCCAUAUGGAGCUGGGUGGACCAAACACCGGCUUCUACUGUUAAUUAGGCCAAAUUAUUUCCCUCAAACAUAAAAAUCAACGGAUUCUCUCAGAAUACACGUCGACGGUGCAUUUCCCCGGUCAUUUUCAUAUGCUUCUUUUCACGCGCUGUGAUUAGACACAGCUUUCUUGCUCAGCUAUGGAGGACCCUGACAUUCGGCAACAGAAGCUGGACAACCAGCGAGCUCUUUUGAUGAAAAAGCAGCAAAAGAAGAGAGCGGACACUCAAAUGGUGGUGGCCAACAGAGAUGCUCGCCAAAAGAAUCGAAAGCACAAAACUGUGAACUCGGAAGAGAUGCCUCUACUGAUCUCUCAGUCCCUGAGCAGCACCUCACUGAGUGAUCAAGUAGAACAUGCCCAUGAUAACCCCCUGGAUGAAAUCACACUGGGUGAGGGUGACGUGAAAGCAAGCUUGGCUUUGGAUGAAAUGCCUCCAGAAAAGCCUGCUACUCCCAAAAAGAUGGAUUUAGAGAUCGACCAAGAGCCUGAGGUGAAUGGCGAAGGAGAGAAUGUGGCCCUUGAAGAGGAAAAAAAGACAACAAAGAAAGAUGUGAAAAAAGACAAAACCAAACGGGUGGAACAAACAGAAGAGGAGCUAGAAAAGGAGAAGGAGAAGAAGGAGAAAAAACCUAAGAAAAAGGACAAAGUCACAGAAUGCGUAGACACACAGAAGAAGACCAAACAAGAACGUAAAAAGAAGCAUUUGCAAGACGAUUUAGUUCCUGAGACGAAAUCAGAGGUGAAGGAGGCAACUCCACAGAAUAAACCCAAUGAAAGCGACAAAGAAGACGAGGAAGAGCCUCAGGAGCCCGAUCCCCCAUCACCCAUGAAGAGAAAAACGCUGGAUACAUCUAGGUGUCAAAUAAGCGAUGACAGCAAAGAUGAGGAAGUCCAAAAAGAAUCUAAGCAGAAGAAAGAAAAAAAAUCAAAGAAAGCAGAGAAGACCGAGUCUAGUCUUGCAUCAUACAACUCCAACUCCAGGGAGACGUCAUCGUCAUGCAGUGAACACAACGAAAGGGUGACUUCUCCGAUGUCCGUGGAGGAUCUCGAGAAGUUUGCCCUUCGUCCCGCUCCAAGAGACGUGACGAUCCAGUGCAGGGUCACAAGGGACCGGAGAGGCGUGGAGAAGGGCAUCUAUCCAACUUAUUACCUCCACAUGGAGAAAGAGGACGGCAAGAGGGUGUUUCUGAUGGCGGGCAGGAAAAGAAAAAAGUGCAAAACUUCCAACUAUCUUAUUUCCAUUGACCCAACAAAUCUAUCCAGAGAUACAAACUCCUACAUCGGAAAACUAAGGUCCAAUGUCCUGGGCACAAAGUUUACGGUCUACGAUGGAGGUGAAAACCCAGAGAAAAAACCUUUCAUUAAGGAGAGUGAGUCAGUGCGGCAAGAACUGGCAGCCAUAUGCUACGAGACAAACGUUCUGGGCUUCAAGGGUCCAAGGAAAAUGACAGUGAUCGUCCCUGGCAUGCUGGAGAACGAUGAAAGAGUGUCCAUUCGCCCCACAAAUGAGCUUGAGACUCUACUCGUCCGCCACGCCAAUGGAAACACAGACAAACUGGUGACUUUGGUGAACAAAUCCCCGAGCUGGAACGAGCAGACGCAGUCCUACGUGCUGAACUUCCACGGACGCGUGACGCAGGCCUCGGUCAAAAACUUCCAGAUCAUCCAUCCAGACAACGAGGAUUACAUUGUGAUGCAAUUUGGCCGCGUGGCGGAGGACGUCUUCUCCAUGGAUUACAGCUUUCCUAUGUGUGCCCUCCAAGCCUUUGCCAUCACGCUCUCGUCCUUUGACGGCAAGCUGGCAUGCGAGUAAGCCUGCCCAAAGUGCUUGACGAGAUGCGUAGACGGCACAGGACAUGUACUAGUUGAAACUGAAGCUACACCCAUUAUUUAACACUUGACUAUGCUUCAAUGGUACAUACUGCACACGCAACUCAAAUCAUGCCAGAGACUUGGAAUGGGGAGUCUUCUUUAGAUUUUUUUUUAAAUUUUUCAUAUUUUAAUUGAAAUACAGUACAGUAUUAUGUAAGUUUAUGUAACGUUUCACAUUUCACAAAUGUACACUGUACUGUACUAUGCUUUUUAAUAAGAAAUCUGAAAAGGAAAAUAUGAAUAUCAUGUAUUUUUUUUUUUUUGAAUGGUAGAAAAAGAACAUCUGUCUUUCUUAAUGUCUGACUGUUUAAUUUUAUAAUAAAAUGCUUGAUAUUUA